UCCAAAGUAGCCAAAUCAAAACUCGAAGUUGAAAAGUUCAAGAGGGGUGCACAGAAGAGCAAAAGAAAAAGUUUAAGAAGCUGGGUUAACUCACAUAAGGAUCUGUUUUGAGGAAAAGGGAAGGCUGGUUCAGGGGAGGUCACCAUGAAAAGUCUGGAUAUGUUCAUGUUGGCAUGUUGCCUAUACAGCCUGAGCACAUUAGGAGGUGCUGCUGACAUGGAGCAGGCCCUCAUGAAAAAUCUCUUUUCAAACUACAACCUGAAGGUCCGGCCAGCACGCAGCCCUGAGGAGAGGGUGGUGGUUCGUGUGGGAAUGAUCCUGUCCUCCUUCGUCGGCCUGAAUAUGAAAAAUGAAGAAAUGAGCACAACUGUUGUCAUGAAUCUGGAAUGGACAGAUCAUCGACUGGCAUGGAAGCCUAAAGAUCAUGAUGGGAUUGAGGUGUUACGUAUCCCCUCUGGGAAGGUGUGGCUCCCUGACAUUGUCCUUAUUAAUAAUAAUGACGGGGUCUUUGAUGUGGCACUGCAUGUCCAUGUUCAAGUUUAUAGUAAUGGCAGAGUAACCUGGACGCCCCCUGCUCUCUACUGCAGCGCCUGUGGAGUCCAGGUUACAUAUUUCCCAUUUGACUGGCAGAAUUGCACUAUGCAGUUCCGCUCCUACACAUAUGACUCAACAGAGAUCGACCUGCAGUAUGCACUGGACUCCAAAGGCAAUGAGAUCCGUGAGAUCCAGUUAGAUGAGGCCUUCAGUGAGAGUGGAGAGUGGCACAUCAGGCACAAACCAAGCAGGAAAAACAUGAAUGAUGAUCUGUAUGAGGACAUGACUUUCUACUUGAUCAUUGAGAGGAAGCCUUUGUACUACAUCAUCAACAUUAUCAUCCCUUGCAUUCUCAUCACCAUCAUCGCCAUCUUUAACUUCUACCUGCCUCCAGAUGCAGGUGAGAAGAUGGGCUUGUCCAUCAAUGUGCUGCUCACCCUCACUGUGUUCUUGCUGCUGUUGGCUGAUAAGAUCCCUGAGACCUCACUGGGUGUUCCAAUCAUCGUCAACUACAUCAUGUUCACCAUGAUCCUGGUCACCUUCUCUGUCAUCCUGAGUGUGGUCGUCCUCAACCUGCACCACCGCUCUCCCAACACCCAUAUGAUGCCCAUGUGGGUCCGCAAGAUCUUCAUUCAUAUACUUCCUCCUUAUCUGGGCAUGUUGAGGCCAAAGGUGGAGACCCCCCUGUCUCUCGAAACAAUUCCGCUGCGGGAGAAAAAGAUUUAUACCAUCAGCAAAGUAGCUGAUGAAUACUUCAUCCGAAAACCUGACUCAUCCAUCUUGUUCCCCAAGCCCAACAGGUUCCAACCAGAGGGCUUGUGGACAGAUCUGAGAAAGUUCAUUGACGGCCCAAGUACUUACCUUGCUCUACCUGACGAGCUCAAGUCGGCCAUAGAAGCCAUUACAUAUAUAGCUGAGGCUCUGCAGGCUGAGAAAGACUACGAAGCUCUGAAGGAGGACUGGCAGUACGUGGCCAUGGUGGUGGAUCGCAUGUUCCUCUGGAUCUUUGUCGUCUUCACCACUGUGGGAACCCUAGCCAUCUUUGCAGAUGCUAGUUUUAACCACACUCCCACUGAUCCCUUCAAAUACCCCUAAAACUUGGGGGUUUUUAACCACCUUUAGCCACUCUUCAAGAAAUGGGUCUAUUGAUAAGUUCGUGGAGGGCAGAUUGUCCUGCCAAUGCAACUUUAUGUCAAACUAUAUUUUCUAAUUUGACUCUUUUUGUCUUUAUGGAAGGAUGCUGUUCCACCUCUUUGCCACUCCAGUAUCAAUAAACCUGACUUUUUGUCCAGUCUUAGUCUACCUUUUCUUAGGGGAUGUUGAAUUUGAUCGGAUUUAAAAUAUCUAUUAGUGAAUUUUUACAUGUAACGGUGUGGAUUAUUGCAUGAAACCCAACUACUAAGUCAAUUUGAGCAUAUUGUAAUGCUGAUAAGGUAAAUAUGAUAUACUUGUAUGUCUUCUUUAGCGUUUGAGCUACAGUAGAACUCUAGAGCUGAAGUGUGGAUGUAGCUUUGGAUAUUCAUACGUAGUGUUAACACAUAAACACUAAGACAAACCAGAUGCUAUAAUGAGUGUGCUGUAUGCCUUUCAUUUCCCUGUGUCAGAAUGUGAAGCGUGGCACAUGCUUAGCGGAUAUUUCUGCAACCAUAGUAAUCCCAUUUGGGUUUUAGACACUGGUGUGUAUGUGUGCAUUUGUUUGGAUUCUUGCUAUUCUUAUGUUGGAUUGCAGAGUGCUAACUCCAUCAAAUGCAAUGAUAGCCUCAUAGUGUCUCGCUGUAUUGCUGACACACACAUUUGUCCUUGAAAUUUUGUUGUUUUAUUUUGUUUUUGACAUUUAAAUAAAGAUAUUUGAGGAGGUUA